GAGACAUGGUUCUUCAUGUAAGGCAACCCCCUCACCAGCUUCUUCAACCUCCAAUUCCACAACAUCACCUGUCUCAAUGAAAUCCAAAGCCUGCAGUAGCCAUAUGCUAGUUGGUAGCAACUCCAAGCCAUUCAAGUCACCAAAAGACAAUCUCCAUGCCUCCAAUAAUAGGCAACCCCAGACAGCCUUUCCUUCCAAAGUAACAAGAGAAAAACCAUGUGUUCCAGUCCCAGUCGUCAGCCUUGAGAAGAUCCCUAAUUUGGUGAAAGCAGAUGGUGCCAAUGUUAAAAUGAGCGCCACCACCACUACCACCACCUCCACGUCCUCUGCUGCUUCAUCCUCCACAUCUUCUGCAACUUUGGUUAAAUCUGCUUUGACAUCAACAACUUCAAAGCCUGUGCCACCUUCACCUGAGAAGAUUCUAAAUGGCAAAUCAAUAGUACCUCCUGCAAUAGACAAGAAACAUCAAAAUGGCACUAAAAGCAGCAAUAAGUCUCACAAAAGACUUUCUGACGCUGACAAAACUGCUGACUUCUCCAGUACUUUCCGUUUUUAUUACAGGAGGCCAUACAGUCAUUCCAAUCUGUGCUGGGUCUUCGACAGAGCAACUUAA